GUGGAUCCGCCCCUGCCUGCGUGUCUCAGUUUUCUCUUUUAAAAAUGCACAGCUUCAUGAUUGCCUGAUAUUUCGUUCUCGUUUAACAGACCUAAAGGCACUGUGGAGCCUUAGACAAAGGAGACGGCUCAUUUACAAGGCCACAUAGAUAACAGGGGACUUCAAGAAAGCUUCUUCGCCUUCAACAUGAGAGCCAGGUUGUUGCUUCGCUGUUUGCUGAUCUGCUCUGCCUGUUUCCUGGUGGUCUUUCCACACAUUGUGAUGGAGGAGAAGACUCCUGGUAAUGACUCCUGCGAACCCAGCAAACGAGAAGAGAAGCAGUCAGAGACCCCAGCAGUGCUGAUUGUAGAACUUCCAAAAAUAUCAAGAAAGAGCGCCAGGAAAUCUACAGAAAAGAAACCAAAACAAAACAAGCUCAAUGUCCGAAACAAUUACCAGAAGCCAAGGCCGCCUCCCCCAGCGAACUGCGUGCCGCUCUGGGGAAGCUGCAAGCCCUCCAGCACAGUCUGCUGUGAACACUGUGCCUUCUGCCACUGCCGGCUCUUUAAAACAGUCUGCUACUGCAGAAUGGGAAGCCCAGGAUGCUAAGAGCCUUGCUGGACCAAUAACAGCGGCGUCACUUUGUAUUGCACGCAACUGCUGCUACAUGCUGUUUGUGUUCUUUAUUUGCCCAAUUCAGCUCCCUCGGAAAAACCUUGAUGAAAUGUCAUGAGAAUUCUACACACUCCUGUCAUGGUGAUCCGAUGAGCAGCCAGAUCUGGGCAUUGCUGUGUUUGUGUUGUAAUGAAUGGGAUGUGAUGUAGCUGUGUUUGUGUUUGUGUUGUAAUGAAUGGGAUGUGAUGUAGCUGUGUUUGUGUUUGUGUUGUAAUGAAUGGGGUGUGAUGUAGCUGUGUUUGUGUUUGUGUUGUAAUGAAUGGGGUGUGAUGUAGCUGUGUUUGUGUUUGUGUUGUAAUGAAUGGGGUGUGAUGUAGCUGUGUUUGUGUUUGUGUUGUAAUGAAUGGGGUGUGAUGUAGCUGUGUUUGUGUUUGUGUUGUAAUGAAUGGGGUGUGAUGUAGCUGUGUUUGUGUUUGUGUUGUAAUGAAUGGGGUGUGAUGUAGCUGUGUUUGUGUUGUAAUGAAUGGGGUGUGAUGUAGCUGUGUUUGUGUUUGUGUUGUAAUGAAUGGGGUGUGAUGUAGCUGUGUUUGUGUUUGUGUUGUAAUGAAUGGGGUGUGAUGUUGCUGUGUUUGUGUUGUAAUGAAUGGGGUGUGAUGUAGCUGUGUUUGUGUUUGUGUUGUAAUGAAUGGGGUGUGAUGUAGCUGUGUUUGUGUUUGUGUUGUAAUGAAUGGGGUGUGAUGUAGCUGUGUUUGUGUUUGUGUUGUAAUGAAUGGGGUGUGAUGUAGCUGUGUUUGUGUUUGUGUUGUAAUGAAUGGGAUGUGAUGUUGCUGUGUUUCUGUUUGUGUUGUAAUGGCUCUCAUGACAUGUCACACGGCUGCAUCCGUUUGUAUAUAUUAAACACAGGGACUGUUCCCUUUCUUUGCCACAGUGUAAUAAUUGAUGAUUUUAGACGAUCUGAGUAACUAGUUGUGUAAUGCCUCGUGCCAUAUUCAUAAAUCAUUAGUGUGUAAGCAAAUGAACACUGCAAUGCAAUGCAUAAAGAUCAUAUAAAGACAUUUCUAAAGGUUGUUGCUGUACAAACCUUUAGAAAUGACAGCUAUGCAGGCAUUUCCUAUAACCAAAAGAAAGCUUUCUGUAUGUUACGAAGCAAAUGAAGCAGUAUCAAUAAAACAUCUGAAGAGCAUCGUUGCAACCCGUUUUCUUCCUAACUGACGAUGUUCACUGUGCAUGCUGUCCCACGCAGAUAUUAAGAAACGAGGGUUAAAGCAAAGCCCUUGUUAGAGCAUGCUGUUCAGUGUAGUUACAGGGUGAGCACAUGCUGUUCAGUGUAGUUACAGGGUGAGUACAUGCUGUUCAGUGUAGUUACAGGGUGAGCACAUGCUGUUCAGUGUAGUUACAGGGUGAGCACAUGCUGUUCAGUGUAGUUACAGGGUGAGUAC